GGAGGUAAAGAUAAAUACCCCUCAUCUUGCAGCUACCCCUCCUCAAGUUUCAAGCCAACCAGUCACCCCAUUAUCAAUUCUUUUAUCACGUGCUACAGACCAUAUCAUACAACUACCAUUGUAAUGGCGCUCGAUGGCAAGGUUGCUCUCAUCACCGGGGGUGUCAAGAAUCUCGGUGCCCAAAUUGCGCGAGAGCUCGCUGCUUCCGGGGCUAACCUUGCGCUCCAUUAUCAUUCGUCCAGCAGCCAGUCAGAUGCCGCUAAGGUCGAAGCUGAGCUGCAGCAAUCUGUCAAGGUUGUGACCUACCAAGGUAACCUGACCUCCGCCGCGGCCGUCACCAAGCUGUUUGAGGACGUCAAUCGCGAUUUUGGCAAGAUUGAUAUUGUUGUGAACACUGUUGGCAAGGUCUUGAAGAAACCUAUCACUGAGAUCACGGAGGAGGAAUACGAUACGAUGUUUGCGAUCAACUCAAAGACCGCAUUCUUUGUCCUGAAGGAAGCCGCCAAGCACGUUUCCGACGAUGGGAAGAUAAUCACCAUUGUCACGGCUUUGCUGGGUGCAUUCACCGGAUACUAUACUUCAUAUGCUGGCAGUAAAGCGCCCGUCGAGCACUUUACUCGUGGCGUCUGCAAAGAACUCCAGUCCCGCCGUAUCAGCGUUAACAACAUCGCCCCUGGGCCGAUGGAUACCCCUUUCUUCUACCCCCAGGAAUCCCCCGAAGCCGUCGAAUUCCACAAGGCCAACGGAAUGGGCGGUCGUUUGACUCUGGUUCAGGACAUUGCGCCCAUUGUUCGGUUCCUCUGCACCGAGGGUACUUGGAUUACUGGUCAGACUAUCUUCGCAAAUGGCGGAUACACUACGAGAUAGAUGAUAGUUCAGUUGUCUCCU